AUGGCAGGAAGCGGUUGUAUAAGUUCAAAUAAGGACCUUUUGAAAUCGGAGCGUCAUACCUCUCUAUUCGACAACAUAAGCAAUAUACUCCACAAUAUUGAUCAAAUAUUGAAGACAACUCACAGAAAAACAGGUUGGGCUUACCUGAUUUUGAGGCUACGGGUAGGGAGCAGGAUCAACAGGUCAAACCAUAGUUUCGAUAGGCAGAUGAGGAGUGGCACCAAUCUACGAGACGGCGGGAAAUCGGAGGUGGACCGGUGUUGGAAAGCUCCUUAUGGAGGAUUAUCAAUUGGUGUUGUAUCUGCUUUAUGUCUCAAAAGCUUCUCCUUCACCAUUCCAGCCUUCCCAUUCUGGUUUCCUCCUUCAAUUUCAAAACUAUCCUUGCCGCCGCAGCCGCAGCCACCAGCACGACCAUUAUCACCACCGCCGCCUGGUCCUCCGACACCCAUCAUGCAUAAUAUGACCGACGAAGAGCUGUUGAAGAAAUCAUCAAUGGUUCCACAAAGUCAAGAGUUGCUUGUUCCCAAAGUGGCGUUCAUGUUCUUGACACCAGGGCCACUGCCUCUGGCUCCUUUAUGGGACAAGUUUUUUCAAAGUCAUGAAGGACUCUACUCCAUUUACGUACACUCUCAUCCUUCUUACAAUGAUUCAACGCCUGAAAAUUCUGUUUUUUAUGGCAGAAGAAUCCCAAGCCAGCCUGUGUAUUGGGGAACGAUAUCAAUGAUCGAUGCUGAAAGAAGGCUAUUAGCUAAUGCCCUGCUUGACGUCUCCAAUCAAAGAUUUGUAUUACUUUCUGAUUCAUGCAUUCCACUCUUCAACUUCACUACAAUCUACAAGUACCUGACAGAAACAAACCUAAGCUUUCUAGGUUCAUUCGACGAUCCUAGAAAACCGGGUCGAGGUCGAUACAACCGCCAAAUGUGGCCAACGAUUACCAUCGAGCAGUGGCGGAAAGGCUCCCAAUGGUUCGAGAUCCAUCGUGAUCUCGCUGUUAAAAUUGUAUCUGACCAAAAAUAUUACCAAGUUUUUCAUGAGCAUUGCCUUCCACCUUGUUACAAUGAUGAGCAUUAUCUGCCAACUUUGGUGAACAUUCUUUAUCCGGAAAUGAACUGGAAUAGGAGUAUAACAUGGGUUGAUUGGUCAAGGGGUGGACCUCAUCCUAGGAAAUUUGGAUGGAUUGACAUAAAAGUUGAAUUAUUUGAUCAAAUUCGGUUUGGAACCGAAUGUAUGACGAAGCCGAUAGCGGGUAGGGUCAAACUUAAUGUAGAUGGCUGUAGCUUCGAGAACCCUGGUCCAUCUGAUUGUAGGGGUGUUAUUAGGGAUGAGUUUGGGAAAGUUAUGGCUGGUUUUACAUCUCAAUUAGGGGAGGCUACUAAUACAGAAGCAGAGUUGAGGGCUAUUAUUGAAGGUUUGAAGUUAUUUGUGGAGGAGACGUCGUGGUACAACGAUAUUGUUCUGGGCUCACUCUUGCCGGAGAAAUGGUGGGUCCCACUCCCUCACUUCUUCAGGGGAUGGCUCCGAAACUUCAUCGGAGGGACCUUGCUCUACUUGCUUUCUGGGGUUUUGUGGUGUUUUUAUAUCUACUACUUGAAGCGUAAUGUCUAUGUUCCAAAAGAUGCCAUUCCUACGAGAAAAGCAAUGCUUUUGCAGAUAGGGGUUGCCAUGAAAGCUAUGCCAUGGUACUGUGCCUUUCCAACAAUUUCAGAAUACAUGAUUGAACAUGGAUGGACAAAAUGUUUUUCAAGGAUAAGCGAUGUUGGCUGUGUUGCCUACCUUUUCUAUUUGACUGUUUAUCUUGUGUUCGUGGAAUUCGGGAUAUACUGGAUGCAUAGGGAGUUACAUGACAUAAAACCUCUCUAUAAGUAUCUCCAUGCCACACAUCACAUCUACAACAAGCAAAAUACACUUUCUCCUUUUGCUGGUUUGGCCUUCCAUCCUCUGGAUGGGAUAUUGCAGGCAGUACCACACGUUAUAGCUCUUUUUAUAGUGCCAAUGCAUUUCACAACACACAUAGCCCUUCUAUUCAUUGAGGGCAUAUGGACUGCAAACAUUCAUGACUGCAUACACGGCAAGUUAUGGCCUGUAAUGGGUGCUGGUUAUCAUACCAUACACCACACCACAUAUCGUCACAACUAUGGCCACUACACAAUAUGGAUGGACUGGAUGUUCGGAACUCUUCGCGACCCCCUCGAUGAGGCCAAGAAGAUAUAA